GGAACUACCAAGAGGAUCGGGUUGAGAAUUAGAAAGAAACUGAAAGCUGCUUUGUUCCACCUUGAAAAGAUAAGAUAUGAAUCAGGAAGUUUCGCCGCCUGUGCUUCGAUCCUCAGUCGUCGAACAGGCGGACACGUGGGUCUAACACAAACAAAGAACACUAUUAAAACUGAUUGAGUUUUGCUUUAGAACGACCGUUUCUAUACAAAUCAAGUAUAGAGGGUGAAAACGAAUGUUAUGAAUGGACAAACUAUAAUUUCAACAUACCUGUAAGAAAGGGCUCUGUUGUGUAUUAGGACCCAGACUCCCUCUCGGUAGGACAUUGUAACGCCUGACUAGGGAAUCAGGAGCCACGAGUCGUGUAGGCGAAAUAAAGCCAUCGUCCAAGGUUGAAUCCGUUGUAAUCUUCCAUUAUUUGCCGACCAGAUCGGUCACAACAUUGGCGACGAGGGUAAAACAAGAUCCCAAGAAGUCAGCGAGACGAACAGUUCGCGAGAAACAUGGACGAUAAUGAACGAAACCAUAUCAAAACAUUCGACUGUCAUGGGGACCAAAACACGCUUGGCUUGCGAUGGAAACGGUGGCUGACAGCUUUCGAACUAUUUGCAGAUGGCAAAGGCUUAAUUCUAAAUGAAGACAACGCGAACAACAGGCAGAGGAGACGUGCAUUAAUGCUCCAUCUCGCGGGACCCGAUGUUCAAGAUAUUUUCCUUACCCUGCCGAACACGGGAGAUGUGAAAGAUUACCGGAAAGCGGUCGAUGCACUGAACGCAUACUUCGCUCCCAAAGUCGACACUACGUAUGCUAGACACUGUUUCAGACAGCUAAUUCAAGCACCAGGGGAAACAAUCCGACAGUUUGCAACCAGACUCCGACGAGCAUCGAAAGAUUGUGACUAUGGCGAAGAUACAGAUAACCAAAUUCGUGAUGAAAUCCUCUGCAAGUGCACCAGCACGUACAUAAAACGAAAACUCCUGGAAGAACGUCAAGGCCUCACUUUAGCUAGAGCGCUUGAAAUCGCCCAGAACUGCGAAAAAGUCGACGCACAGCUUGCUGCAAUGACCAUAGAGGAAAAGGGAGAGAAUUCAGCUAGUGUAAACCGCAUAGAGGGAACAAAGACAGGCCAUGGCAAGAGAAAUCAGUCACGAGGUACCAAAACCGGCCGUGAGAAAACUUGUUACCGAUGUGGUAGAACCGGACAUUUCGGUCGAGAUUCUAACUGUCCAGCAAGAGGUAAAUUCUGCCAUCGAUGUGGGCUGGAAGGACAUUUUCAAGAGCAGUGCAGGACCAAGCAGAAAGGUGAAGAAAAGCAAAAACAAACCAAAGGCCACAGGAACCCCAAGGGAGGUGCCGCAAAUAUGGUUGGUUGCCACAACGAAGAAGAGGAACCAGGGUAUGCUUUUACGGUAGGAGGCAGGAAUGAGAAGAUUGAAGUAACCGUUGGAGGUUGUAAGCUGAACAUGAUCAUAGAUUCUGGAGCAAGCACUAACAUCAUUGACAAGGAAACAUGGGAGUGGUUGAAGAAAAACAAAGUGAAGUGCGAAUCAGCUCGCUCGAGUAGGAAACUCUAUGCCUACGCAUCCCAGACACCACUUGAUGUGAUAGGAACAUUCUCCUGUGAAGUCUCUGCAGGAAGCAAUACUGCUAGUGCCAAAUUUUGUGUGAUUAAUGGUGAAGGAGACCCCCUUCUGGGGAAGGACACUGCAACUAGUCUAGGCGUACUGAAAAUAGGGAUUGGCAUCGCUGCAGUAACUGCAGACCCACAGACCAUUGGUGGGAUCCUGCAACAGAAGUACCCAAAUGUUUUCAGCGGCGUUGGAAAGUUGAAAGACAGAGCAGUACAGCUCCACAUCGACCCCAAUGUGACGCCAGUAGCACAGCCGAUGCGGAGGACUCCGUUCAGCAUGAGAUCAAAGUUGGAAGAAAAGAUUAAAGAACUCAUUGAACUAGACAUUAUUGAACCUGCACAGGGGCCCACACCAUGGGUUAACCCAAUUGUUGUUGUCCCAAAAUCUGGGGGUGACAUCCGUCUUUGCAUUGACAUGCGAAGGGCUAACAAAGCAAUACGAAGAGCCAGACACCCGAUCCCUACUGUUGAUGAGAUUACUCAGAGCAUAAGUGGCAGCAAGGUAUUCUCCAAACUUGACCUUAAGUGGGGAUAUCACCAGCUUGAGCUUUCCCCAGAAUCCCGAGAGAUUACUACGUUUGCUACCCACUGCGGUCUGUUCAGAUACAAGAGACUAUUGUUUGGUGUUAACUCUGCUUCUGAACAGUACCAGUACGAGAUCCAGACGGCACUUGCGGGUAUAGAAGGGCAAGAGAACAUUUCAGAUGACAUCAUCAUACAUGGUAGAGACCAGAAAGAGCACGAUUUGCGGUUGGAGAAAGUAAUUGUGAGAUUAAAGGAACGUGGACUGACCCUCAAUGCAGAAAAGUGCCAGUUUAGCAUGGAUAAACUCACAUUCUUUGGCAUGGUAUUGUCCGGGAACGGGAUCAGUUGCACAGAAGAAAAGGUGAAAGCCGUGAAAGAGGCACGAGAACCUCGAACGGUAUCAGAAACCCGAAGUUUUCUUGGGCUUGUAAACUACUGUGGCCGCUUCAUACCCGACCUGGCAACGGUAUCUGAGCCCUUACGUCGCCUGACAAAGUCAGGGACCCCUUUCGUGUUUGGAGGUGAACAGAAGAAGGCGUUUCAGGAGCUAAAAGAGCGAUUGACCUGUGCUGAGACUUUGGGGUACUUCGACAAAGAUGCCCCAACCCAAGUGAUUGCUGAUGCCAGCCCUGUUGGACUGGGAGCGGUACUGACCCAAAAGCAGAAGAAUGGACCGAGAGUCAUCUGCUAUGCAAGUCGUAGUCUGACAGACACCGAGAGAAGAUAUUCGCAGACAGAGAAAGAGGCCCUGGCACUCGUAUGGGCCUGCGAAAAGUUCCAUCCCUAUGUGUAUGGUGUGCCAUUUGAUCUUGUUACGGAUCACAAGCCGCUGGAAGUUAUUUACGGCCCAAGGUCAAAACCCUGCGCACGCAUUGAAAGAUGGGUGUUACGAAUGCAGCCAUACAAAUUCAAGGUCAAGUAUGAGCCUGGGCCGAGCAACAUUGCUGACCCCCUCUCAAGGCUAGUGGGAAAUCUAAAAACCAGCAGCAGUCACUCAGCUGAAGCCGAGGAAUAUGUCAGAUUUGUAGCCAUAAAUGCGACCCCCUGUGCUAUGACUACACGAGAAGUGGAAGAAGCCUCAGCAAUCGAUGAAGAACUCUGUGCAGUCAAGGAAUGCCUAAACGGAAAACCGUGGGACCAGCUAGCCUACAAGAAAUACCUCCCAUGUAGUAGUGAACUGUGCAGCAUUGGACAAUUGAUACUAAGAGGAACAAGAAUCGUUAUCCCGAAGAAACUCAGACCCAGGGUGUUGUCUCUCGCUCACGAAGGUCAUCUGGGCAUCGUUGGAACUAAACAGAAGUUGCGCAGUAAAGUGUGGUGGCCCGGGAUGGAAAAGGAUGCUGAAAAACACUGUAAAACCUGCUAUGGAUGUCAGUUAGUCAGCCGUCCCAGCCCACCAGAGCCUAUCAGGAGCACAGCAUUGCCGACUGGACCAUGGAGAGAUUUGGCAAUUGAUUUGCUCGGACCACUUCCCACUGGUGAGUCCAUUCUGGUCGUCGUUGACUACUAUAGUCGCUACUACGAGAUAGACAUCAUGAGAUCCACAGUUGCCUCUAAAGUCAUCUCGAGUCUGGAAGAGAUAUUUGCAAGACAUGGUCUACCUGAGAGCUUGACAUCUGACAAUGGACCACAGUUCGUAGCAACAGAGUUUACAGAGUACAUGGAGCAGCAGGGAAUCAGACACCACAGGGUAACAGCAAAAUGGCCCCAGGCAAAUGGAGAAGUUGAGCGCCAAAAUAGCUCACUUCUGAAAAGGCUCCAAAUCGCACAUGCUCAAAAGAAGGACUGGAAGAAAGAGCUGAAUGUUUAUCUUGCAGCGUACAGAAGCUUACCUCACCCAACGACUGGUGUAAGCCCCGCCGAGCUGCUCUUCGGACGGAAAGUACGCACCAAGCUUCCUGAGCUGAGCGAUGUACAUGUCGAACAAGAAGUGCGUGAUAGGGACAACGAACAGAAGAGUAAGAGCAAAGCGUACGCUGACAUGCAAAGGAAUGCGAGGUACUCAGAGGUACUUCCUGGAGAUCAAGUGCUAGUGCAACAAGAGAGGAAAAAUAAGCUCACAACCCGUUUUGAACCAAGUCCGUACACUGUGGUAAACAAGCACGGGAACAGCUUGAUCGUGCAAUCUCCAGGAGGAGCCCAAUACUCCCGCAAUACAUCUCAUGUAAAGAAACUGCUAGAGAAUGGUGAUACACAUGAUGAUACACCAAGUGUACCGGAAGUGGUGGUGACCGGGGAGCCCCACAAGCAGGAUAAACUGACCCCGCAGCAGAGUGUGGUGAUACCGGAACCAAAUGUUAUUGAGCCUGAAGUUCCACUUAGGAGGUCCCAGAGACACAGAGUGGCCCCAAGUUAUCUCAAAGACUAUUGUACUUAAACUUUAGAGACACUGAAUUCUCACAGACAUUGUUGACAUUGUUGCUAGUCCAUGUUUAUGUUUAUUGGACCAAUUAUUAUUUUGUUUCUACUUCUGCUAAAUGUUAUUGUUCGCUAUCUAAAUGGGGAGGGAUGUUGUGUAUUAGGACCCAGACUCCCUCUCGGUAGGACAUUGUAACGCCUGACUAGGGAAUCAGGAGCCACGAGUCGUGUAGGCGAAAUAAAGCCAUCGUCCAAGGUUGAAUCCGUUGUAAUCUUCCAUUAUUUGCCGACCAGAUCGGUCACAACAGGCUCUUGCACCCAAACUCGCUGCUCAGUCAACGGAAACUUCAAUAAGUGAAAGUAUCACUAAAGGACCAGCUUUUACAAACUAUGAUAAACCUUAUUGGAAAAUAAACAUCUUAUGCAGCUUAUCUUUGAGUAAUAAUGAUAUUGAUUAAAUCCAGUACAACCAAGGCUCACUAGUUUGUUUGAUCUGAGCUCACUGAGUCACGAGAUGUCCAAGAAAAGC